AUCAAAGUUGAUUUUCAAUUUUUGAUUUUGAUUUAACUCCAAAAUCAAAAAUUUAAUUUGAUUUUUAAAUUUCUAUUUAAACCAAAAUCAAAAAUUGAACUUGAAUUUCAAUUCUUGAUUUAAACGAAAUUUGAUUUAAUUUUCAAAUUUGAAAUUCUAUUAAAAAUCAAAAAUUUGGAAAUUGAUAUUACAUUUUGGGAUUUUUAGCACCAAAUGACCCAAAGUAAUCCUUGGGUUUGUAGAAGAAAAACGUCUGCGAAGGAGAGCGUACUUUUUUGCCAAAAUAUGAAGUUCCUUUUUUGUUUUUUGAUUUGAAAACGAAAAACGAAAAUUGAGUUUAAAUUUUCUUUUUGUAUUAAAUUAAAAAAGAAAAAUUGAUAAAAAAAUUGAAAUUUGUUUUUAUUUUAAAAUGAAAAUUAAAUGUCCCUUUUAGGUCACGGAUUCAAUUGACAGGUGGUUCAAUUCUUGCAUACCACUAUUUUGUAACAAUAUUUAUGAUGCAAUAAGAUUUAGGUUUCCCGCAUUUUUUAGCCGACCCCCUGAACUGCGGCAUAAUUAGGGGGUCGUAUAAACUGUUUUUCGUGUGGGUUCAAAAGGGCCUAGCCCUUGCAUUAACCCCCUUUUUGGUGUGUCCUGGUACAUGCCUAUGUAAUCCCUCCAGUGAGGGGGGAUAAGUCAGUUGCAGGAUUAAUUUGCACACGAUAGAAAGCGAUAUAAAAUAUGGAUUCUUCAUUUAUUUUUUACAAUGGCCGUGACGGGGAUCGCACAGAAAGAACACUGCGGAGAAGCCAAGUAUCAGUCCAAAGACUGGCAAUGAUUUACAAGCUUGACGUUACAUCGGUGUACAUAACAGAGGAGUUCGGUUCCUCAGAAUUUCCGAAUCCGGAUGGGACGUUUGAUUGCCUUCGGGAGUCGCCUUCUGGCACGUAUUACCAAGUGGAGGGAGAACCACAUCAAGGCAUGACUCAGGUUAGAAACCUACCGACAUCAACGGUCAAUGACAUCGGCGCGUUUCGAAGGCCAACAAUGUUGCAUACAUCUUCGUCCACGAUGUCGCGUAAACGUGUAGGUGCGGCUGCGGAGAACUAUGUUUUAAAAGUUGUUCUGGCGGAUAUAGAGAACAAAAAAAUCGUUAAUCAGAAACGAAUUUCGUUUAUAACAAUAACGGAAGCAGAAGCAAACGUCGACGCAAUCACGGAGAUGGCAAAAACACGAUUCGAAGAUCGAACGUUGGUGUUAGUGCAAGGAGGUGGUUUACGAUACGAGGACUCCGCAGCCACAAGAGGAAUAAGCUUCUGGAAAGCCGCGGCUCGGAAGGUUUAUGCAGUAAAAGCCAAUGAUCUCGAAACAUUUGAUUAUUUUACGCCACGAAGAACAAGCACACAGUCCAUUAAUUUUGAAGAAAUAAAGGAAAAACUUGCUGACCUCACCAGCCUCGUCCAAUCUGGCGUGAUUUUAACUUGUGUGGACCAAGAUACACGAGAGGCAGCACAACGAGCAUUAUCAUCUGUAAAGAUCUAUGAGAAGGCAAAACAAAGCUUCGAGUGCUUGAUAUGUCGUGGGUUAAGCCGGAGUCCGGUGAAAAUGGGUUCCUGCUGCAGAAGAAUAAUUGGUUGUGGCGAAUGUGUAGAUCGCUGGUUUUUAGAAAAUCAAAAUUGCCCACAUUGCAGGUCCAACGAACUCGACGCAAUUUUUGAAACUAAUAAUUUUGAUGGAGUGCUUGCAGAAAUACGUUCUGUCUUUCCGAAUUAA